CUAACUCUCAAGCUGGUGUGCGCGGUGGCGGAGCAGUGGCCGCCCAAGAGCUGGAGUCACCAUGGCGGCCGGAGUCGCAGCCUGGCUGCCUUUCGCGCGGGCUGCGGCCAUCGGGUGGAUGCCAGUGGCCAACUGCCCCAUGCCCCUCGCCCCGGCGGACAAGAACAAGCGGCAGGAUGAACUGAUCGUCCUCAACGUGAGCGGGCGGAGGUUCCAGACGUGGCGGACCACGCUGGAGCGCUACCCGGACACACUGCUGGGCAGCACGGAGAAGGAGUUCUUCUUCAACGAGGACACCAAGGAGUACUUCUUUGACCGGGACCCAGAAGUGUUCCGCUGCGUCCUCAACUUCUACCGCACGGGCAAGCUGCACUACCCCCGCUACGAGUGCAUCUCCGCCUACGACGACGAGCUGGCUUUCUAUGGCAUCCUGCCCGAGAUCAUUGGCGACUGCUGCUACGAGGAGUACAAGGACCGCAAGAGGGAGAACGCCGAGCGGCUCAUGGACGACAACGACUCGGAGAACAACCAGGAGUCCACGCCCUCCCUCAGCUUCCGCCAGACCAUGUGGCGGGCCUUCGAGAACCCGCACACCAGCACGCUGGCCUUGGUCUUCUACUACGUGACUGGCUUCUUCAUUGCCGUCUCGGUCAUCACCAACGUGGUGGAGACGGUGCCGUGUGGCACGGUGCCUGGGAGCAAGGAGCUGCCGUGUGGCGAACGCUACUCGGUGGCCUUCUUUUGUCUGGACACCGCGUGCGUCAUGAUCUUCACGGUGGAGUACCUCCUCCGGCUCUUCGCGGCGCCCAGCCGCUACCGCUUCAUCCGCAGCGUGAUGAGCAUCAUCGACGUGGUGGCCAUCAUGCCCUACUACAUCGGCCUGGUAAUGACCAACAAUGAGGACGUGUCGGGCGCCUUCGUCACGCUUCGGGUCUUCCGCGUCUUCAGGAUCUUCAAGUUCUCCCGCCACUCCCAGGGCUUGCGGAUCCUGGGCUACACCCUGAAGAGCUGUGCCUCUGAGCUCGGCUUCCUCCUCUUCUCCCUCACCAUGGCCAUCAUCAUCUUUGCCACUGUGAUGUUUUAUGCCGAGAAGGGCUCCUCCGCCAGCAAGUUCACGAGCAUCCCCGCCUCUUUUUGGUACACCAUCGUCACCAUGACCACACUGGGGUAA